CUUAUAUAUACCGUUCCGAAUUUGUUUUAAAAUUGGAGUGGCCAUUCUUACGGUUCAAUUAUCGGUUUUUUUUCUCGUAGGUUACAUAUAACAAUUCCAAUUCCAAAGAAUGCCAAUUCACCAAUUGGCGGAACUUUCGAGCGUAUCUUGAUGUCCCCAAAAUUUCAAGAGGGCUGCCGAUCUCCCCAGAGGUUAUCUCCGAUCCCCUAAUCAUCUCCUAUAAUUAUAAUUCAGUUGUGGGCGAUGGCACGAUUCUCGGCUGAAGACGACGAAGGACCGAGCAACCGACUCCGUAAACGACUCCGGACAAGCACCACCUCCGCCUCUCCGAAUCCCCUUCCUGAAACCAUGACGAGCUCGACCGGCGACGACGAGGAAGCUGUGAUACUUAGUGGCGAUGAGAAUGAAGAAGAGGAAGCGGAAGAGUUUGCUGUGGAUCUCGAUUUAGAAGUGGCGGAAGACGAGGACGACGAUGUGGAGUGGGAUGCGGAGGGCGAGGAAGAAGAGAUAGAGGAAGAAGAAGAGGAGGAUGGCGAUGACGACGAGGUUGAUGACGAUGAAGACGAUCACGACCAAGCAGAGCAGCCGGGCCGACAUAGGGAGAGUGCGGAGAGUAGCAGAAACGGUUCCGUCUCUGUAACCCUAACUGAUCCUGAAGUGCUCGACUGCUCCGUCUGCUUCGAUACCCUGACUAUUCCUGUCUACCAGUGUGAGAAUGGACACACAGCUUGCAGUCCCUGCUGCACCAAAAUGGCAUACAAGUGUCCUUCGUGCUGUCUGCCUAUCGGCUACAAUCGCUGCAGGGCCAUCGAGAAGGUUCUCGAAUCCGCCUCUGUACCAUGCCUGAAUUCUGUUUACGGGUGCCGAGAGGUAGUUACCUACAGCAAGAAACAGGCUCACGACAAGGCUUGCGUCUAUGCGCCGUGUCUGUGUCCUCUAUCCGGGUGCAACUUCUCCGACUCGGUCAAGCAGCUGUGCGAACAUUUUCGUUCUACACACAAGAACCACACUGUUCGGUUCAAGUACGACACUGUCUUCCCGGCGUUCUUCACCAGUGAUCAUAAGCUCCUUGUUCUUCAAGAGGAGACAGAAGGGGUUCUGUUUCUGCUGACCAACAGUGUGGGGAACGUGGGGAACAUAAUCAAGGUUAGCUGUAUGGGUCCAGCUUCGUACAAAGGAAGGUUCUUCUACGAGGUAAGUGCUAAGACGGAAGAUAGCAGUGUCAAGUUUCAGUCGUUUGCAGAGAAUGUACUGAAGAAGGGGAACGAAGCUCCAACUGCUACUGGGGGGUUUCUUUUGGUUCCAGCUAGUUUCUUCGGAAGGUACAAACAGAUUAGUAUUGAUGUCUGCAUUUAUAAUGUCGGCACAUAUCCUAGCGACUUCAUGGGUAACGGAACUGCCUGAUGCGGGCUUUCUGCAUCAUCAAUCUUCUCAUUAGCUCAUCGUCGACUACUUAUUUGUUUCACUCCUCGGUUAUUGUAGAUUGUGUUGGCCUGGCUUCUUAACUGAGUAAAGAUGGAAAUGGUUACCUUGCCCUAUGUGAUAUAUAGCUUGCUUGCUAUGUCAUUUAUUUUGAGCGACUUUCUAUUAUGUCUUUGAUUGCACAAUAGCUUCGCUCUUUGAUCUGAUAUUUGGCAGUAGGUGUUUGCUUUGGUAAGGGGAUUGGUUAUGUGAACUUUCCAGUUUCCACCCA